UUGAAGUGGCGCCGAGAGCGCGCCCGGUACUCCUCUCUGUCGGGUUCUGAGGACGUCGCCCGAUUCGAUCGGUGCGGCGCGGCAUGGCCAACUUUGACGAGGUGUACCGAGAACCUUUUGAGCGCUGCCUCACUCGCUUUCGCGACCAGCUAAUCCCGACUAGAUUGCGGGAUCUCCAGAGGGACGGCCGUGUCGUGAUCGACAACUUCUUGGGGCGGGGAUGGGCUCUGGCGCUGCUCCAAGAGAUGCGCUGGCUGCAUGGGCAAGGGCUGAUGCGGCCGAACGAGACACAGUUCUCGCACCCGAACGGGCAGCGGCUGCAAUUUUCCAAGCCCAACAUCUUCGAAGUCGACCUGCAUGAUGAAUCCAUCCGCAACAGGCUGCCGGAGAUGAACGCCCUGUUUCACCAAGAAGCGCUCGUGGAGGCCCUGGCGGCCGCAUUUCCCGAAGGCUUGAGGCUCGCGCGCGGCACUCAAGGGAGGACUCUGAAGCUGCAACGGAACGCAGGUUCAGGGGGCUGCUUUCCGUUGCAUUACGACAAUCCCGGUCCUCCGAACAAGCGGGCGCUGACCUGCCUCCUGUACCUGAACCCGAGCUGGAAGGAAGGGGACGGAGGGGAAGUUUGUCUUACGCCGUUUCUCCAGAAAGAGGAGGCGAUAGCUCCUCUGCUCGACCGUCUGGUCAUAUUUCGGAGCGAUCGCGUGCUGCACAGGGUGCUCCCGUGCAACGCCGAGCGCUUCAUGCUGACGGUGUGGAUAGACUCGCCCGACGUCAACCCGCCGGAGGAGUCCACGCUUAGAAUAUCUCGAUCACAGCUCGAUGACUGGCUAGGGUUUUGCGAGUUCUUGAGGAACUCCCCGGUGCAAAGAGUGCUCUCGCGGGGCGUGUACGAGGAACAGUACGAGGAGUCGCUCCGUGACUGCAUGGCCGGAGCGGAGGGGUACGAGGAAAUGCUCGGCGCACACCGGUCCCUGGUGUCUGGGCUGAAGAAGAACAGGGCGCUUCACGGGAUCAUCGAGCGUCUGAGACAAACCGCGGCUUUGGCCGACCUGUCAUGAUCGGGUCAAAGUAGCUCACUGCUGUUUUGCCGUAUUCAUGGUGCCUGAUUUUUUUUUUUCGUUUUGUUGUGUUUUUUUGUGGGCCUUUUUGUCGUUGAUUCCGUCCGGCACAUCAACUCCCAUGGUGCACACGAGGGCUCAUCCUUGUGUACUACCAACCAGUAUGCUCUUGUUGUUGGUGUUUAUUCUUUCCUUCGUAACAUUUGACGGAUCUUUUGACCACUACCAAAGUAUUUAGUGGAGUCGAACACUAAUCUAAAGACAACAGACUGCCUCACUGUAAGUGUGUUCCCGAAGUGGCUCGAGGGUGUUUGGUCGAGAAAUGGAAAAGACCGCACGCGUAGUUGCGAAGUGGUUCAAGAGAAGAUUCAAACCUCCCGCGUCUGGGGGAGUUACCUUUUCCUGGGAGGGCGAAGAGGCGCUUCGGUACCACCCGGCGCCCGGCAUGUGAUGAGCCCCCACCCUAAUCAUCACAACAGCCGCUACAGGGGGUCGUCCUCAGUUGCUGUUCGUUUUCUCUCUACGUUCGAAGGAUAAGGAUUGAUUUUUCUUUCGCCCCAUCUGCUGUAGGCGCCAAUUUUGUUGGACAGCAACUUCUCAACCUCCGCGGAGCAGUUUACUGUUGGUAUGGAGCAACUGUAGGAGCGUUGUGUGGCACUAGGUAGGCUGUUUUUCUAUUCGAAACUUUGUCACUGUCGGUGAGGGGGGGAGGGAAUGCUGAUUCAGCAGCUAGCUGUGGUAUUGGUGUGUACCCACGUGCACGUGCAAAAAGCCAGGUAGAAGUAGGACAAAAGCAAGAGAUAGAUGAAGUAUUAUCUGUGAGUGGCACCAAGAGCGGCGGAACGCUAUUCUAUAACGGAGUACGUCCUGCGUCAAAUAUUCUGUCAUCUACAUUUUACCAUACAUGCCAGAUACGGAGUAACUCCCCUGUGCAAUCCAUGUGGGAGCACGCCGAAUAUUUUCCGCUCUCCGGAACAGGCGUUACGAGCCAUUUGAAGAACAAGCUGGAUAGGGAGAGGAGAAGCGUGUGAGAGCGAUUUAAGGAAGCCCAGCCCUAGCAGCCAGCUUUUGCUUGGGUACGGAGGAAAGCAAAACCAUGCCGGCUAAGCCUGCAGGGGAGGGUUUGGCCAACCGGGCCGCGAAGCCGGCGGGGGCAGCGGGGGCAUCAAUGGCAAAGCGGUGCGGCACGCCCUCAGCGUCCGGCAGCGGGAGCACGCGGAGCUGCGGCCAAGGGGGGGAACAACCAGCAGGGCAUCAUGCGGUUCUAUACGGAUGACGCCCCCGGCCUACGCAUCGGCCCCACGGUGGUGUUAGUAUUUUCGUUGGCGUUCAUCGGCUGUGUCGUACUCCUUCACAUCUGGGGCAAGUUCAAGGGAUGAUUUGAUUUUUUAUUUUUUGUCAUUUGAGUCUUUGCACUGGCGUGUGCCACGCGGCACCCACCUGGCCAAGGCACGGGAUAGUAGAAAUCUGGGGGGCGGGGAGGGCGAGGUAUACGUGUAUGAUGUCGUGCCUUUGCGGAGGGAGCACUUUUCCUGCGGGUUUUGGGGAGUUAGGGCAAAGCAAGCGUGUCUUGUGUUCGGCUGCAGAGUUUGCAUGCGCCAGCAGCAUGGUAACUGGGAAGAUGUUGGCGUUUCUUUGUGUGUUCCCCACCUUGCUUUCGGCUGGUGGGUUUGGCGAGGGGAAGAUGCCUCGACGUAUCACCAAUGAGCACCGAAGAAGACAAGCGAAAGUCUCUUGCUGGUAGGAAGCAAGGCGUGCGGAAUUGUAGUGCAGCCUUUUGCGUUGAUAACCUUCACGCCCCCCCCCCCUCCUUGCCACCUUUGGGAAAGUAGAAGGAACUAUUGGCCAUCGGUGAUCGGUCCUGUGGGGACAAUGCUCCGUCCUCUAGAGGACGCGUGGUCAAUGGUCUAACCUCUACGGCAUGCAAAACAUUAGAGUACCCCCUCCCUCCCUUUCCGGGGUGAGGGGGAUGGCGGGCAAAAAUACAACUACCGGCCCCCGGUGUUCUCGAGCGGUGGUUGGCGCUAGCUAGUCAAAUAGAGUGCGAGCUUUGACUGCGGGCGCGGGAGUGCCCAUGCGCUAAUACAAGAAGAUAUGUAGUCCGAGAGUUGCUUACCUGCACUGCACUUUUUUCGCCCGACCUGACGAGGGGAAGACCCAGCAGAUUGGGCGAGGAAUAGGCUGGAGAACUGUCCUGAAAAAGGCGAUUGUUACCGUCAUC